AUGAUAAAAAGAGUAAGAAGAGCUUGUUUGAAUUGCAGGAAUUCUAAGGUUGCUUGUGACCAACAAAGACCGUGUACAAGAUGUGUUAAACAGGAAAUUGGCCAAACAUGUUAUGAUUUACCAAGAAAAAAAAGAGAAAAAAAAAUUAAAAAUAAUCAAACCACAACAACCACCAAUUCAACAACAAACCCAAAUAAUCAAUCAAUUAAAAAUAUUCAAAAUCAAAAUCAAAGUCAAAGUAACCACAGUCAAAGUAAUUACAAUCACAACCAUACAAAUAACAAUCACAGUCACAAUAACUGCCAUGAUAAUAACCAAAAUAAUAGUCACAACCAUAACCAUAGUAAUAUUAUUAGUAAUAAUAUUCAAAAUCAAAUCAAUGGUAAUUUAAUAACAAAUAAUAAUAAUAAUUAUAAUAAUAAUAAUAAUAAUAAUAAUGAUAAUAAUAAUAAUAAUAAUAAUAAUAAUAAUAAUGAUAAUAAUAAUAAUAAUAAUAAUAAUAAUAAUAAUAAUAAUAAUAAUAAUAAUAAUAAUAAUAAUAAUAAUAAUAAUAAUAAUUAUAACAAUUUAAAUGAAAAUUUUAAUAAUCAAAAUUUCAAUCAAAAUUUCAAUCAAAAUUUUAAUAAUGUUGAUAAUAUGCAUAACCAAUUAUUUAAUAAUAGCAAUAAUUAUUUAAAUAAUAAUAGUGUAAAAACAAAACAAAAUGAAAAUUUAAUUGAAACAUUAUCAAAGAAUAAAAACAAACAAAAUUUAAAUAUUAAUAAUAAUAAUAAUAAUAAUAAUAAUAAUAAUAAUAAUAAUAAUAAUAAUAAUAAUAAUAAUAAUAAUAAUAAUAAUAAUAAUAAUAAUAAUAAUAAUGGUGAUGGUAAUAAUGGUAAUAAUAUUGUUAAAUCUCCAAUUUUAAAUUUUUUGGUUAAUAACCAAAAUGCAAUGAAAACUCAAAAAACACAAUCAAAUAUUGACAUUACCAACUCGAGGACGACCUCAUCGACUUCAAAUCAAUCCUUAAUGUCACCCCAACCCUCUUAUCCAAUUACAAUUGAAGGAGAAUGUUCACCAAAAACAUUUUUUAAGAAAAUGUCUAUUGAAUUUUCUCCAUACCAAUCCUUGAAUCUAAAAAAGAAUCUAACAAAUCCAUACUCAUCAUCUUCGACAACUACUUAUUCGAAUAAUCCAACUUCUUCAUCACCAAAUACCUUUUUAAAUAACAAUUAUCCAAAUUCGAAAAUAAACGAUUCAAGUAAUUUAAAUUUAAUUAACAAUUCAUUAAAAAGAAAUAAUCAAACAAAUACCGAUGAUGAAGAUAAUUUAAAUUUUAAAAAGAAAAAUUUUAAUAAAACUCCACUACUAACUUUUUCAAAUUGUUCCAAACCUAUUACAAAUACACAAUCAAAUAUAAACAAUGGUUUCAAUUUAAAUAAUGGAAAUAAUACACCGGGUUUGGAUAAUUGCACUGGCUUUUUAUAUUCAAAUGGACCAGAAUGUAAUAUAAUGAAUAAUAAUAAUAAUAUCAAUAUCAAUAAUAAUAAUAUUAUUAAUAAUAAUAAUAAUAGUAAUGGAAACAAUGCAAUAAAUAAUAACUUAUCCCCUUAUGACCAAUACUGCAAGGGCUCUCCAACCAAUUUACAACCAAUCUUGAAUUCUCUUGGUUCAAGUAAUGGAUACCCAACUCCAAACAAUUCAAAUGAUGAAUACCAAGUUGUUCCUAUUUCUUUAGCCACACCAAGCUCUACACCAACCCCACCACCAUCAUCAUAUUCAAUGGAAUCAACAAAUGGAAACAACUAUGUUUAUUAUUCAAAUCCAUACCCAUAUUCAACCAAUAAUAUUGGAAACAAUUCAAACCAUUCAUCAUUCACCCAAUCAAAUGAAUCAUUAACACAACAAAUUUCAAAUCAACAACCUCAACAUGAAUUUCACCAACAACAACAUCAACAACAACAACCACAACAACAACCACAACAACAACAACAACCAUUAAAAAACCAUUAUUUCCAAUUUAAUAAUCAACAUUAUAUUUCGAAUGGAUAUCAAAAUGAUCCUUACUCCAAUACUACAGACCCCUCUGCAUAUUCCCUACAAACUUACCAAAAUAUUAUUCAACAAACACCAAAUCAAAAUACUCAAAAUUAUAAAUAUAAUAAUUCGUUCCAACAGCCACAACAACAACAACAACAAACACAACAACAACAACAACAACAACAACAACAACAACAACAACAACAACAACAACAACAACAACAACAACAACAACAAAAUAUAUCACAACAAACACAGUAUUAUAUUGACACACCACUGAUUCAUUAUCAAAAUUAA